AUGGCUGCUCUAUCAAUAGGCCAUUUAUGUCCAAUUCCAGAUCAUCAACUCAAUUCCGUAAAAAAUUCAAGAAAAUUCAUCUCAGCUUGUAGCCAAAACCGCGAUCCGUCUAAUGCGAAAACGAAGAAGGAAAGUAAUGAAAAGAAUAAGGGAAUAGUGCAGCAGCUUUAUUUUGGUAUGGAAAAACUUGGAGGGGUGGUGAUGGAUAAUUUGAGUCCAAAGCAGAAGGGUGAUUGGAAAGACAUAACUUUGAUGUGCCUCUCAUUUGCUGUAUAUGUGUAUAUGUCACAAAAGAUAGUCUGUGCUUACUGUGCAUGGAUGUCUAUUCUCAGAUAG